AUGAUCGCGAAGCUCGCGACCGUCGUAACGGGUGCGGCGGCGAGCUCGUUCGCGGUCGUCCCGCCGCGCUUCUCCCGUCGUCUUCGCCCCGUCGCCUGUCGUCACCUUCCCGUCGUAACGGGCGCGGCGACGAGCUCGCUCGCGGCCUUCCCAUUGCCCGUCGCAUUCCCCCCGGCCCCUGCCCGUCACCCUCCCCGUCGCGACUGUUCGCGUGUGCAGCGGCGGUCGCUGUGGGGGGGAGAGGGAGGAGUUGAAGGGAGUGGCAUCCGAACGCUGUGGAGAGGAGAGGGAGGAGGGGAAGGGAGUGGCGGCGGACCGCUGUGGGGAGGAGAGGAAAAUGGGGAAGGGAGUGGCGGCGGAACGUUGUGGGGGGAAGAGGGAAGGGGGGAAGGGAGUGGCGGCGGAACACCAGCGACGACCGCCAGCGCACCGGCGAUCGCACCAGCGCUCGCGUGCCCUCGACUGCUGCAGCCCAUCUCCCGCACGCCGUCAGAUCCCGCCUGUCACCCCGCCCCCUCCCCCGUCACCUUCCCUUCCGCGACUGCGGGGCUGGAGGAAGGAAGGGGGGGGAGGGAGUGCUGUUCCAAGGGGGCGGCUGAAAUAGGGGGUGAGGUUCAAGGGGGGUGGUUGAUUGGGGGUGGGGAUGUGGAGGUUAGUAAGAGGGGACGCUGCGGCCACCCCCCCACCUCCUCUCCUCAUCCCCCACUCACCCCCCCUUUCGUAAAAGGGGGUUAG